ACUCGUGUCAACUCGAUUAAGCAGUUGGGACAUACUGUGUACCUUUCUGGCAUUGAGUUUUCAGACUUGUGGUGAUGAUAUGCCAUUGUUUCUAAGAUAUUCUUGGCUUGUUGAAGAGGUUCACUGCUUGUGCAGAUAUGUUCUCUAUGUUUUAUUGCUGUGAAUAUAUUUUACUGGAGAAGUUAUGCGUGCCUUGUAAAGCGGAUUAUGCAGUUGUAUGCUUCAUGUUGUAUCGUAGUUUGUCAUUUUGGUUGGUAGAAAUGAUACAAACUGUACUAGUUCUGUUUGCAGUAAAUGUUACUGUGUUACUUAAGAUUCUGCGUGUGGAAUUUGUUUGAUGGUUUAUAGGAUAGUGGUCAUCAUUACCAUACAGCACAAAGUCAUCAUCUUUCUGAGACUGAGCCAUAUGUUGCAAGAGCAGUCCUUCAACACUCUGAAAUGGAGGAAGAUUCACAAACAGCAGAUCUUCAUAUAUAUGAUUGGUUUCAUGGCAAACUAUCUCGGCAAAUUGCUGAAGCACGGUUGACUUAUUUUGGCAUUCAUGGUAGCUUUUUGGUAAGGGAAAGUAUGGGUGUGUCAAGACAAUUUGCUGUGUCAAUCCGGUCUGGCAACAACAUAUAUCACUUUCGGAUUUAUGAAAGUUCAACUGGUGGGUUCUUCAUUAACAGAGGAGAAUUGCCAUGUGGUUGUCUACCAUCUUUGAUCAUGAGGCAUACAAGGCAUCCUAUCAUAGGGACAAAGCCUGGGUCACAGUUUACACUGCUUGAACCUCUCAGUUCAGCCCAGUGUGCUGUUAUGGGAGGCAUGAAGACACCAGACGGGUAUGAAGUCAUGUCGCUGUCUCCACCUUCCUCUUCGAAUUCAGAUAUUGUGGGAUCUAAUCACUUUGGCAGAGUGGAGUCAGAUCUGGCUAGUCGUCGUUCCCAGUCUCCUUUUGCUUAUUAGAUGUAACAUUUAGACAAUAUUAGAUAUUGAAGUGGAAUUGAUGUUUUACAUAUUUUGUGAUAUGCAUGAAUGUUGUGAUUUUGCUGAUAUAGAUUUGUAUUUUGCGUAUCUGAGCGAAUUCGAAGUGAUUGCUCUGAGAACAGUCUGCGAUGUGAGAUCUAGACAUUUAUGUAGCAUCCGAUGUUCAACAUACCUUGGUUUUUGCAUAGCAAAUCAGCACUAUAAAGCU